AAGAUUAGAAAGCAAAUAGCUAUCCCUUCUACUAGAAGAGAGGUAUCUAGUGCCUUCUAUCAGCUAAAGCUAGGGCACUGCUAUCUAAGAAGCUUCCUAUUUAAUCGAGGGAAAGUAGACUCUAAAGUAUGCCCUUGCAACUAUAGAGCUACUCAAGACGUUAGGCAUAUUCUACUUAGCUGCGCGCUAUAUAGAGAAGCUAGAGAGAAGAUGCAAGAAACAAGCAAGGAUCCACUAUCACUAAAUUUCUUACUGGAAACUAGUAUAGGCAUACAGGUGACUAUUAGGUUCAUUGAGGAGACAAAAGCUGGGACACAAGCCUGGUAUAAAGGAGACACCGAAAACUAG